GCAUCUGGGACCCUCUCCCUCGGAGGGCCCGCCCCUCUGGGCGCUUCUUCCGGGUGGGCCGGGGGCCGAGGUUAUGGCGCCCUGGGCGCUCCUCAGCCCGGGCGUCCUGGUGCGGACCGGGCACACGGUGCUGACCUGGGGAAUCACGCUGGUGCUCUUCCUGCACGACACCGCAGCGCUGCGACAAUGGGAAGAACAGGGGGAGCUUCUCCUGCCCCUCACCUUCCUGCUCCUUGUCCUGGGCUCCCUGCUGCUCUAUCUGGCCGUGUCACUCAUGGACCCAGGCUACGUGAACAUCCAGCCCCAGGAGGAGGCCAAGGAGGAGCAGACAGCCAUGGUUCCUCCGGCCAUCGCCCUUCGGCGCUGCAGACAUUGCAUGGUGCUGCAACCCCUGCGGGCCCGGCACUGCAGCGAGUGCCGCCGCUGCGUCCGCCGCUACGACCACCACUGCCCCUGGAUGGAGAACUGUGUGGGGGAACGGAACCACCCGCUCUUCGUGGCCUACCUGGCGCUGCAGCUUGUGGUGCUUCUGUGGGGCCUGUACCUGGCAUGGUCUGGCCUCCGCUUCUUCCAGCCCUGGGGGCUGUGGCUGCGGUCCAGCGGGCUCCUGUUCGCCACCUUCCUGCUGCUCUCCCUCUUCUCCAUGGUGGCCGGCCUGCUCCUGGCCUCGCACAUCUACCUGGUGGCCAGCAACACCACCACCUGGGAGUUCCUCUCCUCGCACCGCAUUGCCUACCUCCGCCAGCGCCCCGGCAACCCCUUUGACCGGGGCCUGAUCCGAAACCUGGCCCACUUCUUCUGCGGAUGGCCCUCGGGGCCCUGGGAGACCCUCUGGGCCGAGGAGGAGGAGGGUGAGGGCAGCAGCCAGGCUGUUUAGGGCCGCAGGAGGCAGAGCCACCAUCUUGUGCCUGAAAACGAAGGGCGGACCCCGAGGGCCUGAGCCUGCUCACGUCUGCUCACACCUCCCAGCCUCAGAGCAGACUGACCUCCAAAGGAAGGAGGGGAGGAAGAGGACCUGUGCGGGGCUAGGGCACCAGUGCCUAGGGCAUCCGGAACCUUCCACCCUCCGAGCCAGAAUCCCUCCAGUGCAGUUUUGCAUAUUUAAUAAUCCAUAAAGCAAGUCAAGUAUUAAAAACCAAACCAAAUUGCUCCUCACCAUGCCA